AUGCUGAUAAGGGCAAUGGGUAAUGCCUCCCUCAUAGUCUUACUGAUCAUAAGCUUCUCGGUGGUUCUGCUAGAAAUUCGGGCAUAUGAAGAUUUGGGCAAUAGAACUAUGCAUGAGGCAGCAAGAAAGAGUGCAGGAGGAGACGAUGCUGGACAUUUGACUCCUCUGAGAUCUCCAGACCUACGUCAGCCUUAUCCUUGCAAGCAGUGGAAAGCUUACAUCCAGGGCUAUCAUAUUCCGUUUGCAGGAAUGUCGUCGGAUGACUUGGAAAGGGAUCAGUAUAUGGCUCUGAAAAGACUGCUCGGGAUGAAGAAGAACGAGUUGGCAAGGUAUCCCAAAUCUGACCUUUUGAAGAUAUUGGUAUACUUAUCACGGCAACUUGAAAAAGCACACGCUAGAUUUGCCGCGAAACGACGCAAGGCAUCAGUGAAAGGGAAGAAAAGACGGCGCGUAAAGAAACUCAACCUAUACCUGAGAUCCUUGACACCUUUCUUUCAAAGAAUGAACACAAUCUUUUCCCAAUACAAUGAUACCCCCUCGUUCCGAGGCACUCAAAUGCCUUCCCUAUCAUGUAUGACAAUGAGGUAUCUACUCUCAUAUGGUGAUCCUGGUCUAGAGGAACUAGAGAUGAGUAAUAGAGAAGCUAGAGUUGGAUUGGAGAUUGGAGUCACUGGGUUAUUUUCUCAUUGCCGGACUUCUGACCUACCGCCCAAUAAAUCAUCUACUACAAAAUACCACAAAAUAAAUUAG